UUUUAAAUUUAAUGAAAUUAAAAGAAAAGAAAAUUAUGAACAAUAUUUUAGUGAAUUUUCACAAAUAUCUCAACAUACACCAUCACCAAUUAAAUAUGUUAGAGAUUUUAGUAAGAAAAGAUUACAAUCCAAUCAAAAUCAAAACUUAACAAUAUUAUCAGUUGAAAUUCAUUGUAAUAGUCGUGAUAAUUUAAAUCCAAAUCCAGAGUUUGAUUCAAUUCAAUCAAUAAUUUAUUGUAUUCGUGAUGAACAAUCAAUUGAAAUUGAAGGUGAUCAAUAUCAAGAUAUUAAAGGUAUUUUAAUGGUUAAUGAUGGUCAUUAUGAAAAUGAAAAUAAUUCAUAUGGAUUAAAUUGUUUUAUUAAAGUUUUACAUAACGAAUUUGAAUUAUUUAAAUCAUUUGUUGAAUUAAUUAGAAGUUAUGAUAUUGAUAUAUUGGUUGGAUUUGAAGUUCAAAUGUCAUCAAUUGGUUAUUUAAUUGAACGUGCUAAUCAAUUAGGUUUAUCAUUAUGUGAUGAAAUUUCAAGAGUAAUUUCAAAUACAGGAUUAACAGGUCAAAAUACAACUACAACCAAAGGAGCAAAUAGAACAAAGAGAACUAAUUAUUUUUCAAAAGAUCGUGAUCAAUAUAGUUUUGAACAUUUCACAGGUAUGAAAAUUAUUGGCAGAAUCGUUUUAAAUUUAUGGAGAUUAUUAAGACAUGAAAUCACUCUAGAUAAUUAUACUUAUCAAAAUUUAUGUUUUCAUGUUUUAAAUAAAAGACAAGAAGAAUAUAGUUUUAAAAAAUUAACAAAUUGGUAUGGUGGUGGUGGUGGUAGUAGCAAUACCUUUCAACAACAUCAACAUCAACAUCAAUAUCAACAAAGAUGGAGAACAUUAGAAUAUUAUUUAAAGAAAUGUGAAAAUAAUUUUAAUUUAAUAUAUGCUUUUGAUUUAAUUCAAAGAACUAGUGAAUUCUCUAGAGUUUAUGGUAUUGAUUUUAAUAGUGUUUUAAGUAGAGGUUCACAAUAUACAGUAGAGAGUAUGUUAUUAAGAUUAACGAAACCAGAGAAUUUCAUAUUAUUAUCACCAAGUAGAGAGGAGGUAUUAUCACAACCAAUGCCAGAAUCAAUACCACUAGUAAUGGAUCCAAUUACAAGAUUAUAUAAUAGUCCAGUUGUAGUUUUAGAUUUUCAAUCUUUAUAUCCAUCAAUAAUGAUUGCAUAUAAUUAUUGUUACUCAACUUGUUUAGGUAAAGUUCAAAAUAACUUUAAAUCAAAUAAUAAUAACAACAAUAAUAAUAAUAAUAAUAAUAAUAAUAAUAAUAAUAAUAAUAAUAAUAAUAAUAAUAAUAAUAAUAAUAAUAAUAAUAAUAAUAAUAAUAAUAAUAAUAAUAAUAAUAAUAAUAAUAAUAAUAAUAAUAAUAAUAAUAAUCAAGGUGGUGAAGAACAUAUUGAUGAUAAUGAUAAUAGUAAAAUUAAUAAAAAGAAAUUUGGAGCAAGUUGGUUAGAAAAUAAAUUAGGAUUACUUGAAUCAAUUUCAAUUGAACAUUUAAAUAUUUCACCAAAUAAUGUUAUAUUUACAGAUAAAUCAAUUAGAACUGGAUUAUUUCCAAAGUUGUUACAAGAGGUAUUGGAUACUAGAAUUAUGGUAAAGCGUGCAAUGAAAAAGAUUGAUAAAGGUGAUAAGAAAAUGUUCAAUAUAUUGAAUGCACGUCAAUUGGGGUUAAAGAUGAUGGCAAAUGUUGCAUUUGGUUACACAGCCGCCACUUAUUCUGGUAGAAUGCCAUGUAUUGAAAUUGGUGAUUCAAUUGUUCAAACUGCAAGAGAAACAUUGGAAGCUGCCAUAAAGAUUGUAGAGUCUUCAAAAGAAUGGAAUGCAAAAGUUGUCUAUGGUGAUACUGAUAGUUUAUUCGUAUUGUUACCAGGUGUUUCUAGAGAGAAAGCUUUUGAAAUUGGUCAAAACAUUGCAAACAAAGUAACUUCACUCAAUCCAUCUCCCGUGAAACUAUUGUUUGAAAAGGUGUAUCAUCCAUGUAUUCUAGUUAAUAAAAAACGUUAUGUAGGCUACAAAUAUGAAUCACCAUCUCAAACUGAACCAAUUUUCGAUGCUAAAGGUAUCGAAACCGUUAGAAGGGAUUCAUGUAAGGUUGUCUCUAAAAUAUUGGAGAAAUCAAUUAGAAUCAUAUUUGAAACAAAAGAUAUUUCAUUAGUAAAAAGUUAUGUAAUUAGACAAUGGGAAAAAAUAUUACAAGAUAGAUUUAGUUUAUCAGAUUUUAUUUUCUCAAAAGAAGUUAGAUUAGGUACUUAUAAAUGUCAACAACAACAAAAUAAUAUUGAUGAUUUAAAUGGUCUACCACCUGCUGCAUUAAUUGCUUCAAGAUUAAUGAAAUCAGAUCCAAGAUUAGAACCAAGAUAUGGUGAAAGAGUUAAAUAUGUUGUAGUAUAUGGUGAACCAAACUCAAGAUUAAUCGAUUUGGUUUUAACACCAAUGGAGUUUUUAGAAAGAUCAGAUCGUCUAAGAAUAAAUGUAAUCUAUUAUAUCACUAAACAAAUCCUUCCUGCUCUCGAUAGAAUUUUCAAAGUUUUAAAUGUAAACGUUAGACAAUGGUUUAAUGAUCAACCAAAACAAUUAUUAUUAACACCAAUUCAAAGAAUGUCAAAAUAUUAUUAUUUUCAUCAUCAUUUAAAAAGAAAUCAACAAUUAAAAAUUCAAUAUGAAAAUAAUAAUAAUAAUAAUAACAAUAAUAAUGACCAUCAAAAUACAACAAUUGAUCAAUUUUAUAAAACUUCAAGUUGUUUGGUUUGUGGUUCCGCAAUUGAUAGGACUAGUGACGAAGAUAACAAUAAUGUGGAUGAACAACAAUCACUUUCAUCUUAUCCAAUUUGUAAAUCUUGUGGUAUGGAUGAACAAACUAGUUAUUUCACAUUAGUUUCAAGAUAUAAGUAUAUUGAAAAUCAAAAGAAUAAAGUUAAUGAUAUUUGCAGAAGUUGUAUAAGAGAUCAAAGUGUAGAAACGAUUGAUUGCAUUUCCUUAGAUUGUUCAAUAUUCUAUCAACGAAGGAAAUUAGUGCAAUUGUUCAAAAAUAUAGAAAUUUGGUUUAAAAGUCAACAGCAAUUCGAUUAUUAA